AUGCAUACGCGGGAAGAACUCAGAGCAAGGCAAAGGGAUGUCUUCUUCAGUAUAUCUCUCAUCUUCACCUCAAGUCCACCUUCCAAAUGGUCCAGCGUCCAGGAGAAAACUAUACUCGUCAGUGGGGUCACUGGCUAUAUCGCCGCCCAAAUCGCCCGGGCAUUCCUCGAUGCAGGUUUCAAGGUCCGCGGCACCAGCCGAUCAAGAUCAAGCACCGCCAUCUUGACGGAAGGUCCUUUGAAAUCUGAUUUCGAAGCUGGGCGAUUCGAGGUGGUGGAAGUGCCUGACAUCACAGUGGCCGGUGCCUUUGAUGAGGCAGCCAAAGGAGUGUAUGCCAUUGCCCAUACGGCCACACCGGUCUCUAUGAGCUUCACCGAUCCUGAACCUAUUCUUCAUGCGGCGGUCAACGGGACGAAAUCCAUUCUCGAGUCAUCUCUCAAGGCUGGGCCACAGCUGAAGACGGUAGUUUUCAUGAGCUCGAUCGCAGCUAUUGUUUCUAAUAAUGAGCCACCGUACACGUACACCGAAAAAGAUUGGAACAAUGUUUCAGAAGCCCUGGUCAGUCAACUUGGGAAAAACGCUCCAGGCCCACAGAUAUACAUCGCCAGUAAGGCAGCUGCGGAGAAGGCAUUUUGGAAAUUCAGAGACGACAACAAACCAUCUGCGGUAUAUGCAGCAAUAAACCCAGUUUUGGUGACUGGCCCUCCGCUCGCACUCCCAAAGGAUCCUGCAAACAUCGGUGAAACAGUCCGAAAUAUAUGGCAAAUUCUCUCAGGCCAAGAACACCCGCCGCCGUUGAUCCCAGGUGGUGCGUUUUACGUCGACGUGCGCGACGUUGCCAGACUGUUUGUGUGGGCAGUGCAGCACCCUGAAGAGGCGAAUGGCGAACGAUACAUUGCUUUUGGCGAACCAGGCUCUGAGCAACGCAUAGCCGAUGUGUUACGAGAGAACUACCCAGAACGUCGCAAUGUUAUUAAGGAGGGCUCUCCUGGGGUGUAUCCGCCGUUUAGUGGAAUUGGGGUUGACAGUAGCAAGGCCAUCAAAGCAACGGGUCAAGCCUUUAUCGGUUAUGACCAGAGUGUGCUGGAUGCUGCAAAGGCUUUUGAGGUAUAUCUCUAGAUGCGAAGUAGGCAGAUAAGGUCGAACAUCCGCAGGUGAUUAUUCGACAAAAUAUUUUGAAAUGUUGAGAACAGAUA